CAACUCUCCCACCUCCUCCUCUCUCUCUACCAUUAUACCCCUCCCCAACUUUUAUAUAAACCGGCAGCAGGGACAUCAAGGAGCCAAAAACUUUGUUGGCCCUUCUCUGAACCCCUCCUCCUUGCCAAGAAAACCUCAUCUGCAACACAAGGGGUAGCUAGCUAGCUAGUGGCUGUUGGGAAAUGGCAGGAUUCUCACACCUCCCCCAGCAGAUGGAGUAUGGCCUCGCCAAUGCCGGCAGCUUCUUGCUCUGCCAUGGCAACCCUGAGGAUGCAGCCGCCUCACUGGAGGGCUCGUCUGGUGUUCUUGACACUCCUCUUGUGGCCACUGCUUCUGUGGAGAAGAAGAGGAAGCCCAAGGAAGACACUGCCAGCCUCAACUCUGCCCACUCCAAGGAAACCAAGGAGAGUACCAGGAAGAGGGGAGGCAAAAAGCAGGGCAAGGAGAUGGAUGAGGAGGAGGAGGAACCAAAGGGGUACAUCCAUGUGAGGGCAAGGAGAGGGCAGGCAACAGAUAGCCACAGCCUUUCAGAGAGGGUGAGGAGGGAGAGGAUCAGUGAGAGGAUGAGGAUGCUGCAGUCCCUGGUCCCUGGCUGUGACAAGGUCACUGGGAAGGCUCUCAUUUUGGAUGAGAUCAUCAACUAUGUGCAGUCACUGCAAAACCAAGUUGAGUUCCUGUCCAUGAGGAUUGCUUCCCUGAGCCCUGUGGUGUAUGGUUUUGGCAUGGAGAGUGGGGCUGCCUUCAGUGACCAAUCACAAAUUGAAGGCAUGUUCCAUGACGCAGCGGCAUUGCCUACUGGUCCUCCCAUGAACAGAUCAUCUAGCCCAGCUCCAUCUCAGGCCAUGAUGGACACAGGCACCUCCUCCUCCUCCCCACCCUACUCACUUCAAGGCACCCAGGACAACGGCAGCAGCAGCAGCAGCUACAUGAUGCAAACAGUAGGUGAGCCAAGGCACGAACUGUUCAAUCAAGUGAUGUUCAGUAACUACAUGUGCUCCUUCCAGCAGUGAAAGGGAGGACCCUACAUUUGACAACGUCUAGGGGAGAGGAAAUAAUGCUGGCCAGGGUGGUGAUUGAGUUGAAGCACCAGAUGAGUUUGAGAUGUUGGAUGAUCUAGUGAUCCAUCCCCUUGUCUGGUGGCAUGCAUGCAGCAGUAGAGAUCAGUGAAGUACUAGCAACUAGAGUUAUUAAUUGAUUAGCAGUAGAACCAGAGAGGCUUGUGUUGUACUAGUAGCUAGCAUCUUUCCAAGUGAUAUGCCUUGCCAUCGCCCGUUGUACUCUACUAGCUUAGACAAAAGAUGUUUAUGAUUGGAUCAUUUGUUUAUAUAAAAGAGGGCCAUUUCUGCUGUGACAAAACACAAUUGACUCUUGGACAAAAACAGUCUCAGUUCAUCUCACUUCUGAACAUACAGUA